AUGAAGUGGUUAUUAGUCGCCCGAGGUGUAUCCUUUGUAAUGCAUUUCAAGGUACUACAGUUGCUCGUUGCUGGUAUUGUGGGAUUUAACAUAUAUCUUGCAGCAACCAACGUGGUUAAUAAUGAUAUCUCAAAUCAUGAAACCAUAAAGUUACCAGUCCAAUCAACCCAACUGGAUGUGUCAAGUUUGUUCACCACAGAUAAAUCAAAUUCCAAUUUCGAGAACAAGGAACAGAUUCUGACCAAUAGUGGUUUCAUUCUCCCGACGUUAAUAACUAUUCCAACCAAUAAUAGACACAAACCUUCAAGUAAGCCAAAGUAUCUAGUACCAAAUUCACCAUACGAUAAAUUAUCUUUUAAAGAUAAAAUACUAUUCAAAUUAAAUGAAGUGGGCUUUAAUAAAGAUAAAUACCAGUUGACGAGUUCAGAACUGAUGGGUCGUCACAAAAUAGAGGUCCGUGUAAAUGAGUUUACUCGGGAAAUGUGGGAUAAUAACCCCGGAAUAUUUUUUGAUCCAAGAUUUACACUAUCUGUUUAUUUGGCAGAAAUUAAACGACAAUUGCGUGAAAAUGCACUAACUAGACCAAACCAUGGAAUCGUGUUGCCCUUUUCAUGGACGGAUUGGGUUGAUUUAACUAUGUUGAAUGACGAAUUAAUGAAACCUGAAGGGCAAAGAAUGUCAUGUGAAGAUUUGAAAGCUGCUCAUGAUUCAUCAUCCAAGUACCCCUAUUAUUGUAUUAACAAUGAAGAUAUUGAUGAUCAAGAACUAGAAAUUAUAGGGUUGCCUUCAACAAAUUAUGUUCCGGGUUAUGCAGUUAGAAAAUCACCAACUAACAAAGCUUCAAAUGUGGUUAGAAUGCUAGAAGGAAAAUCACAUUUGCUAACUUACGCAGAUAUUCCUACUAAAUUAGUGUUUUUAAAUAAACAAGGCGGAAUAUAUAUGGCAGAGAUUAACAAAAAGCAACGCAUUAUUGAGAGCGGACUUUUUAACAAUUUUGUAAAGUUUAAUUAUGCUGGUUCCGGUAUUCCAGAAACCAUAAUUCUUGAUCCAAUCAAAGAGUUUGAGACAUUAUUGGAAAUGAAUGAGCCACAAAAGUGGAGUGGAGCUUAUGAUCGACAGAACUCUACAUGUUCGAUUACAUCAACCGACUAUGAAGUACCGGCUAUGGUUUUUGAUUACCCUCAAAAUGAAUUUUUAGAUGAUAUUAGAAAAUAUGGGGAUCGAUUAGACUCUCUACACGAUUUAACAACAAAUGAACUAAGAUUUGACAGCCACGAAAUAUCCAAUUUACGACUAAAUCGAAAUGAGAUGAGGUAUUAUGAGAGUUUACAGUAUGCGAAUGUCCGUAAGAAUAUGCAAGAACCUGUGUAUUUUCGGCAUGCACGGCUAAUUACUAAAAUUGAAGAGAACAAACGAGAUCUGGGUUGGAACUAUGACUGGAGAUUCUUUAAUGGAGCCCUUGAUUAUUUAAAACAAGGGUGGACUGAAGAACAGUUGAUGACAAGAAGGCAAAUAAUUCUUGAUCGGCUUUUACGAAAUUGGACAAGAUUUGUUAACGAAGGUGGAUUCAUAUGGUGGAUUUCCCAGUCUCUGUUGAUGUCUUGGUAUUGGAAUGGUCAAUUAUCGCCAUUUUUACAGAAAGUCGAAAUUCAAAUGCCGAUUAAAGAUUUGUUACGUUUAGCUUUAACCUAUAAUCAAACCAUGGUUGUUGAAGAUGUCACUGAAGGAUUUGGGAAAUAUUUUGUUGAUUGUUCCACAUUUGUGCAUUACCGUGGUUCGGCAAAACUGGGGAAUCGGAUUGAUGCUAAGUUUAUCGAUGUUGAUACUGGUUUAUCGAUCGAAAUUGGAGGUGUAUCUACCUCAUUUGAUGCAGCACCCGAAAGAUCCACUAAUACUGUGACCGAGUCUCAACAACAUGGUCAACUGACACAAGUUUAUAAUACUCGCCAUCCUCGUUUUUACAGCAGUGAUGAAAUAUCUCCGUUAAGAAAGUCAAUGUUUGCUGGAACGCCUGUUUAUGUUCCAAAUAAUAUUUCUGCAAUUUUGAAUCGAGAAUACCACAAAAAGCUUAUUCCAUUUAAUGCAUACAGUUAUUAUUUUGUUACCCAGCUUAAUCUAUGGAUACAUCACUCAAAGUUAAAGAUGUUGUUUGAAAAACUGGAAAAUACUUCUCUAACAUUGGAAAACAAUAAAAUUAACGCAACCGAAUUUUGUGAAUUAACUGCCACUAUUGACGAUGAACAAAUAGUAGAGUUGUUGACGCGUCACGAGGAUAUUUUAUUGGAAUAUUAUUUGACUAAAGAUCUUGGUGAUUUACACAAAAAAGAGUUGGCUUGUUUACUUGAACAUCAGAAUGAAAUCGAUAAUGCGAGAGUAUGUGACAAAAUGGCAAACAUCAGAGAAAGUAAACACAGAGCUGUAGUAGUGAGUGAUCCUGAAUAUCGUGAACUUGUUGCCAGCUUUUCCUUUCAAACCCCGAAAAGAGUCUCUUUAUUUGAUUACGAGCAACUUGAAAGAUCCGAAAUAACGUAA